AUGCCCCCCAAACGAGCUUGUGAUACGUGCAUCGCACGGAAAAUCAAAUGCAGCGGAUCAUGGCCCUGCGGUUCUUGCUGUGAUUCCAUCAAGAAGGUCGAAUGUACCUAUCUCAAGCCGCCACGGAGAAGAGGCCCCAAGGUGAGACGGGCAGCUCGACGUGAUCAGGAUUUAUCUCAUGAGCAGUCUGAAAAUAAUCAAACCUCUUUGGUUGAUGACAAGCUGCAGGUUGUAUCCGCAGACGUUGCUCUCCCAUCUCGAAUAUCCAAAGAUAUCAUUGCGCCUAUCGUGCGCCUCUACCGGGAACAUUCUUAUAGUGUCUGGCCGGUGAUCAAUGCCGACGCAUUGCUUGGACAACUCGAGGAUAUUGAGCUUGAAAACACAGAAAAUGCCUCUGCAAAUAUUGCCUGUCUUGUUGCCGCUCUAUGUGCGGCGACCAUGGCCCAGCUCCAGCUUGACCCGGUAAUGGGGUCAGUGGAUUCCACGGUUAUGGCGAAGACUUGCCUCCGGAUCAGAAGUCAAUGCUCUGAUAACAAAGAGCAUUCUCAUUUCACCAGCUCCCUGGUAUCCUUCUUCUUGCAUGUGUACUAUGCAAAGGUCAAUCAAUGUAACACUGCGUGGAGUUAUAUUCAAGAGGCAAUUUCGCGGAUUCUUCAAUUAGAUGAUACCUCAGUACAGUCAGAGGGGCUUCCGACUUUCCAGGAAAAUGAUAUCAUUCAUAACCGCGAGCUAAUUUUCCCUCUGCUGUGGGUUUCAGAGAGAGGAUAUGCAAUGCACCUCGGCUUAUCACCGUCAUGCAUUGAUCCACCACCACUCACAGGCCUCGGAGAAUCUUCCGAGGACAUCCAUGUUCAAGGGCUGUUAGACCUUGCGAGACUGUUCAUUGCAUUUGAUCAAAUAUCUCUCCGCCAUAAAUUCGGGAACGAAUUUGCCUCCGCGACCCAUCUUACAGAGACGGAGAACAGACUAUCUUCGCUGUGCCUCAAUAUUGCCGAUCAGAUCUCGACUAGAACAGCAGACUGCCAUAUCACUCGGGAGUGGAUGCGAACUAUUUUGUGGCAGAAAGCAUUAUCCAUGGGGUUGCUCUCCUCCUCAACUUCGAGAGAUGUAAUGACCUUUAGCUUUCCUGCAAAGGUUAGCCGUGAUCUGCUUCAUUCUCUGCGGUUCUUCUCCGAGACAGACUUGCUACCUUUGGGUCGGGAUCAGAGAGUCCCACGUUGA